AUGCCGGUGCUGGAGGUGACCUGCAGCCUGAUUGGCUGGUUCUGUCUCUACCUGUUGUUCUGCCGUUCCUUCGCUCAGCGAGGAGCCGAGUGGAGCUGCAGACUCGUCACUUUGUCCCACGGCGUCGUCAUCGUGCUGCUGACGGCCUACGUGCUCUUCAUCGACGGACCCUGGCUCUUCACACACGCAGGAACAGAAAACACGGAGCUCCAGACCUUCUCCCUGGCCGUCUGCCUCGGAUACUUCUUCUUCGACCUUUGCUGGUGCGUGCGUCACCACACCGAGGGCCCCGUCAUGCUGGCCCACCACGCCGCCAGCAUCACGGGCAUCCUGCUGGCGUUGCUCAUGGGCGUGUCGGGCUGCGAGACCUGCGGCGUCAUCUUCGGCAGCGAGAUCACCAACCCUCUGCUGCAGACGCGCUGGUUCCUGCGGCGGCUGGGCCUCUACGACGGGCUGCUGGGCGACAUCGUGGACCUGCUCUUCAUCUCGCUGUUCGCCACCGUGCGCGUGGGGGUCGGCGGGGUCAUGUUCUACUGCGAGCUCACGUCUCCCAGGACAACGCUGGUGAUGAAGCUGGGCGGCGUGGCCAUGUACGGACUGGCCUGGGUGUUCAUGGUGGACAUAGCCAGGUUCGGCUUCAAGAAGAGUAGAGCGAAGUACAAAAGGUGGAGAGAAAACCACCAGCUGAAAGAAAGCAACAAGCAAAAACUGGAAAAGAGUGACUGA